ACAUCGUAGUAGGUGGUUACUAGGCCGUCACUAGGUAGGCACACUACACAGUAUAAAUAGGAAAAGCGGGUAGAAACUGGACACCUUUUGCCAUCUUCCUUCACUCAUUAGCCAUGUAUAGCGCCGGGGUCAAGGUUGGUAACUGGUUCGAAGCUGCCUUGUCAGAGGAGAAACGAGUUUUCGAAAUGAAGAAGCGCCGAGAGAGCGGCAACCUUCUACUAGACAGAACCCGCGCCGUUUACGACCGCUUCUACCAGGAAACCACAUUAGGGCCGCCGCAGGAUGUCUUGGCCUUUGGAGUGGUGGUUCAGUUACGCCCCGUGAGGAUCAAUGUCUGCCGCCAACAAGCAAUAGAUCAGAACCUUGUUCUUUCGGUGGUGAUUACCCAGGAGGCACUGCAUCGCAACUGCCACACUAUAAACGAGAUGUGCGAUCUUACGGUGGCACCUUCGCCACGUCCCUCGCUCCGCAACAGCUUCAGGAUUGUAAGUCCCAACGAGGAUGACCGUUCUGGUCAGUAUCUGGCUUAUGGUGAGAAGUUCCGCCUCCAGGCUCUGGAGCCCGCCGAUGAGCCUAUGUAUGUGUUUAGUGGGCCAAAGAGGUUAAACCUUUCGUUACCCGUUGAAAAGUCUUUCUACACCACCAAACAUGGCGAGGUUACACUGCCACUCGGCUUGGUGUCCCACAAGAACUGCGGCCCAUCAGCUAGGGUUCCCACUUCGCAUACUCACUUCUUCUGCGCCCACACGGAUCCUUACUUGAGAUUCGAAUACGAGGGCAAAACUAUUCCGGUGAAUAAUCCCUUACUUAUUGUUCACGCCGUAACCAAUCGAAAUCUGGCUGUGGAGAAUGUUUUGGCCAACACCUUGUUCGGUCCAGAGUUCCAGGUGUCCGUGGAGACCUACAAGAAUAUGUACAAGCGGGAAACCUGGAAGAACCAGUGGAAGUUCACCUAUUGAUAUAGCUUUUCCCAUAUCUAGGUUGUUUUCUGUUUAUUUUUUUCUAUUUCCUAUUCAACUUGGCUAUAGCUCGUACCUGCUGUGGCAUCUUAAACGACCCAAUCAAAUGAGCUGUUGCAAGUUCGCCUGUUUGUUAAGCAUGUCAAAAUAAAAGACGAGAAGUUGU